CAAAAUUCUGGCUCUUCUUCUUUUAACGGGUUCUUCAUAUGGAUCCUGAAGAACAGUGAACACAUGAACUGUCCACUUAGCAUCACACUCUUAAGGGAUUAUAUGAUCUGGGUCCUGCAGUAUUAGAACAGCAUCCUGACGAGUAGUGAUCUCCCACACUCCUGAGUAGACUGAAGGAAUGCCAAGUCAACUAUGGUUUGCACUGAAGAUGAUCAACUGGGCUGGAAGGAUUUUCCUAAAGGCCUCAGGGUUCUUCUCCUUGACGAAGACAGUGAAUCGGCUGCAGAGAUAAAAUCAAGACUUGAGAAAAUGGAGUACAUUGUUUCCACAUUUUGCAACGAGAAUGAAGCAUUGACAGCUAUUUCAAACAAAACCGAGUGCUUCCAUGUUGCCAUAGUGGAGGUCAGCACAGGCAAUAACCAUGGGAGUUUCAGGUUUCUCGAGAGUGCCAAGGACCUACCUACCAUCAUGACAUCAAAUAUCCAGUGCUUAAGCACUAUGAUGAAGUGCAUUGCACUUGGUGCGGCAGAGUUCCUUCAGAAGCCACUAUCUGAAGACAAAUUGAAGAACAUUUGGCAGCAUGUGGUUCAAAAGGCCUUAAAUGCAGGAGGAACAGGCAUCUCCAAAUCAUUGAAGCCCAUCAAAGAUACCAUAGUUUCCAGGCUUCAGCUCCAAGUGGAAACGAUGAACCCACAGAGUGAAAAUAUCUUGGAAAUGGAAAGCGAACCCCAGGACUACAAGCAUAACCAUGAGCAUUCAGCGGCUAGUGAUAGGUUUCCAGCACCUUCAACCCCACAAUUGAAACAGGGGGGAAGAUUGUUAGACGAUGGUGACUGUCAAGACCAACCUAACUCCGCAAUGGAGAAAGAGUCUGGGGAUCAAGAAGCAGAAUCAAAAUCUGUCGACAUUACUUACAGCAAUCCUGCUGAGGAAACUACUAUUAAAGUUGAUCUAGCACCAGGCACCAAAGGUGCUGGGAUCAAAGAGGAGGAUGACUCACAUGAUGGUUCUAAGACUGGAACCAAUAUAUCUUCUCAACAAAAUGAUAAAGACAGGGUAGCGGAUUCUGGAGUUGAGGAAAAGACAUCAAACCUUCCUUCUUUUUGUGGGACCAGAGUAAACAAGAGGAAGAUAAAGAUCGACUGGACUCCUGAACUGCACAAACGAUUUGUGCAAGCAGUUGAGCAACUGGGGGUCGACCAAGCCAUCCCUUCUCGAAUUCUAGAAUUAAUGAAGAUGGAUGGUUUGACAAGACAUAAUGUAGCAAGCCACCUCCAGAAGUAUCGAAUGCAUCGAAGACACAUCAUGCCAAAGGAAGAUGAUCGGAGAUGGCAUCAUCCAAGGGACACUAUGCAGAGGGUUUAUGCACAAAACCCUGUCAUGGCCUACCCUCCAUACCAUGCUAAUCAUGGUUUCACAACCAGCCAGAUAUACCCUGUAUGGGGUCAUCCUCCCAGCAUCCAAAUGUGGGGUCAUCCAGGGUUCCCCUCGUGGCAGCCUUCAGAAAUCUGGCCUUGGAAAACUUAUGCAGGGAUGCAUGCUGAUGCAUGGGGAAGCCCUGUGAUGCCCACACCACAAGUUCCAUCCUCGCCCUUUCCUCAAGUGCUCAAUUACCCAGGCUGUCAUGGUUCAGACACAGGUCAGGAGCCAGGAAACUUGCAGAAAUUCCCACUUGAGUUUAAUCCGGGAGAGGAGGAGAUUGACAGGGUGGUGAAGGAGGCAAUAAGCAAGCCGUGGCUGCCUCUACCAUUGGGACUAAAGCCUCCUUCCACCGAAAGUGUACUCUCUGAACUUUACAGCCAAGGCAUCUCCACCAUUCCUCCUCACACCUCCACCACCACCACCAACAUCAAUUCAUGGUAUUAAAAAAAAAAAA